UGUGCACCACCAGUACUGUUUACAUAAUCUGUACAUAAACUUUGGUGGUUCAACUAAUACUAAUAUAAUGCCCUUCGUAGUACUUGUAAUUAUAGAUUACUAGUAAGAAAGGAUGGUCACUUAUUGACCUUGAUAUUUACAUGGUAUCUUUAAAAAUAGAUGGGGGAAAAAAAAUCCCAAUAUGGUGUAUUCCCUUAACUACACCCUACUUGUUUAUAUAUGGAAUCCCUACCAAGACUUUUUUUUUUUUUUUUCUGCCCAUACUCUACCUCAAUAUUUGAUACUUGGACUUUAUAUUAAUUUUUUAAUCAGAAGGACUUGAAGGGAGGUAUUCAUAAGACUCCUGAUGGGGGGAAAUCAUGUGGUGUUCUUUUUCUUGUGACUGCCUGCAGCUAUUCUGCAAAAUGAUCAAUGAUUGCAUUGUUUACAGAUACCCCCUCCCAUUAGUGACCGCCCUUUAUACUCCACAUGAUUAUAUAUUUUUUGUUUUUAAAGAAAUCUUUUGCUGGUGGACAGUGCAUCACAGGAACCAUUAAAGAUACACUUUUGAAUAUCACAAGUUUGAUAAUCUCAAGCCGACCAGUGCACUCAGUUACAUACAUUCCUCUUUGCAUAACUGCUUUGACUUUCUACUGCAGGGGCAUUGAUGUUUCUUACAGACUUACUAACAUCUCUGCACAGACAUUCGUCAGCCUCCUGUUUUUUGCAUCAUUUGGUUUGAUCCGUUCAGCCUGCUGUAAUGGCGCAAAGCUGUAUGCCAGCAUUGGAUCUCUGGAAAUCGCGAAUUUGAGGGCCGCUAUUUCAAAGAGUCUGCUGUGCUGAAUGAUCACUGUCUUUGGCCACCCCAGGAUAUGCAUCUGUCAAAGAGCAGCUGGGUGUGUUGCAACACUUUUACACGACGCAGCUAUGAAUCCUGCUGAAGUGAUCAAGCAGAGAAUGCAGAUGUACAAUUCUCCAUACCGGAGAGUAACUGACUGUAUGAGAGCUGUGUGGCGGAAUGAGGGUGCCGGUGCCUUUUACAGAAGCUACACUACCCAACUAACGAUGAACAUCCCAUUCCAGGCCAUACAUUUCAUGACCUACGAACUUCUUCAAGAACAUCUUAAUCCUCACAGACAAUAUAACCCAUCUUCGCACAUGGUCUCCGGAGCUUGCGCAGGUGCCGUGGCUGCUGCUGUCACAACACCACUGGACGUUUGCAAGACCCUUCUCAACACGCAGGAAUCUCUGGCCUUGAAUUCCCUUAACAUGAGUGGACAUAUCACGGGCAUGGCUAAUGCCUUCAGGACGGUGUACCAAGUAGGCGGUGUCACUGCCUACUUUCGAGGGGUUCAGGCCAGGGUCAUUUAUCAGAUGCCCUCAACAGCCAUUGCAUGGUCUGUGUAUGAGUUCUUCAAAUACAUGAUCACCAAACGACAGGAAGAAAGGAGGGCAGGGCACUGAAGCCCAAUAACCAAAUUAUGCCCUGAGAUGAUCCAGACACUGUUAACAUCUCUUUCCAGACUGUAUUUUUUUUUUCUUAGUGUGAGGCCUUUAACCUCCAACACUGUCCCACUGCAAAACCACUCCAAAGCUACAGAUGAUUGGUGGUUCCAUUGCUCUGAGUGCAAGCCUUGAAAUCCUUUACAAGUCUCUACAACCAGCAUGCUGAAGCAUCUUUUGUGAAGAAUCAUCUGGCUGUUUUCUGUCAAUGCUUUUAUUUUUUAUAUAUCAUUGCAGUCCUGUUUUAAUAACAAAAUAUUUACAUAUUAAGCGCUCGGUGAUCUCUGCUUAAGGCUCAGUGGAAUAUGUGUCAUACCGAUGAUGGAAGAGAGUUAACAAGACACACCUUGUUCCACUGACUGGUAAAGGCUGGAAAAAGAACAGUUUAACUUUGUCUGGAGUCUUCAUUCUCUCUGUGUGCUGUAUUUCUGUGUCAAAUGGGGCAAGAGGAAGGCGAUACUUCCCAAUCAUUCAAGCACUGACAUUUACCAUUGGUUCUUACCAAAGUCUGUCAAUUAGUCUUUGUCUAAAACGUAAAACAAUUAGUUACUGAGGCCGUUGUCAGCACGCACAUGUAAAAGCACUUAACCACCUUGGUAGCUGAACUCAUAUUUUGUUUCUUAAUCCUAAAAACUUGGGGAAGUAUGUAUAUCUUUCUGGGAGGUGGGAGAGGGAGUGAGAGCCAAGCACUUAUAUGUCCUGUUUCUAAAGGCUUAUCCAAAUGUCUUAAUGUUGCCAAUAUUUGUACCCCAAAACAGAGCGCAAAGAGGUCCUAACAAUAAUUGCUGCUAAAUAACAUAACCUCCAUACAGACAAAACCUGCUGGGUUCUUUCGAUUGUCAUUAGUGAGGUUCAUUGUAGAUUGCAUUUCAGCUACAAUUGGAAUGCUAUAGGAUGUGAAAUAAUUCCAUCACUAGUAUCUCUCACUAAAGAUGGUUGCCUCUUUAAAAUGAGUAAGAGCAUAACCAGGUUUUCCAUAGAGCCAAAUAUUUCCUUGCACCAUCUGUGGACAGUAUAUGGAUGAGGAUUUGUUAUACACACUAAAACACAUGUAUAGAUCCUUGCCUUCUAUAUGGUCCGCUGGAAUGUAUUUUGAACCUUUCACAUACACUCCUAUUUGCUGUACAAUGUUGGCACUUUUUGCCUGCAGCUCUGUGUAUAUUUGCCUUUAAAAUGGUUUCACUUGGCCUUUGUAGGAUUAUUCACUAAAGUAAGAAUUGACAGUAAUUCAAAGUGAAUUUCAAAUUUAAGGCCAAACUAAAAAAAACAGAAUUAACUCCGGGUUUUUUUUUCCUGAUUCGGCUAUUUUGGCCUAAGUUUUUAAAUUCUUGCCUUAGUGAAUAGACAUAAUGUUGAACCAUCAAGUAUUUGAAUGGAUGAAAAACCAAACAUUAAUGUUCACCGGAAAAGGAAAUCCACGGUUUUAGACUGAAUCUAUGUGGAGUUGGUUUUAAACACUCGUGUAACUUAACUACUUAAAUAAGUGAACUACUUACUGUACAGAAAUCUAAAUUUUCCUGGUUCAAUUGGAAGUUACUGUGCAGGUUUGCAAGCUAUAAAGUACAAUCCUUUGCUCGUUGUUUUAUCAUCAUCAAAGCAGGGGUGUAUUUAUUUAUUUUCUGUUCUCCUGAUCUCUCCCUCCCCCCACAGCCCAAAACAUGUAGUCCAAAUACUCAUGUUUUACAGAGACACUGUUUGAGGGAAUUUUUCAUUUUAGUUACCAUCCCCUCUAAACUGUAAUCUUCAUUUGUUUUCCGUUUGGAAGGCUGAUCUGACAGGAAUAAAAUUUUGGGAAGUGACUUAAACAUA